AUGACCAAUUAUGAAGAUAAACUCGAUCAACUUCUGGCUCUUUUUGAGAGUGCCAACGAAGCUAAAUUACGCGAUUCUUUGCGUUGUGCAAAGGGCGAUUUAGAACGUGCAGCUAACAUUUAUUUGGAGGAAACGGAAAAACGCUCAAGGAACAAACAUUCAUUAAAGCAAUCAACACUGAAAUUAUUCUUUCAUGACGCAAGUGUAGAAAAUUCGGAAAUUAGGCCACCAUUAAAUAAGAAGCGCCAUUUAAAUGAUCAUGAAAGCACAAGAGACAGUAGUGAAGGGCAAAAUUUAACCGAAGAAAAUGCAAAGAAACAAGAUUUCGGAAAAACGACCAAUUUAAAUGAGAUCUUAAAAUGGCCUCCGUCGAGUGGUAAAACUUUAAAGGUCAAAGCCAGAAACAUUAAACCGGUCUUGCAACUGUAUCAUCCGCACGAUGUUUCUGAGAGAACCCCUUGCACGCUCAUUCACGACGUGUUACCCAAAGAUUUGGCAAAUUCUCUACUAAAGGUUAUGCUUAAAGAAUCGGAAACGUGGCAACGCAAUCAGUGGUGGUUAUUCGAACGAAUGGUUACUUCAUCACACACAUCAUCUUUUUACACUUCUGCAGAAGUAGAUAAGGUCUACGACGGAGAGGUGUAUUAUAAUGGGAAGAGAACGGAAGGUACACAAGCAUUUUCACCGGAAAUGGAAAUUGCAAGGAAGCAUAUCAAAGACAUUGUAAAUGAAAAACGUGAUGAUAGAGAAAGGUAG